UCGUGCGCGCUCCCUCCAUACAAGCGCGGGCGCGGUUUUGAGACGCGUGGCCGCGCUUAUCAGUGCUCUCCCGGUUCAGCUCCGUCCGUACACGAGGCGCUGAUGACGUCCUCCUGCUAGCGCUGGCUACGGAAGCCGAACAGCGGAAACAGGCGGUAACGCGGCGACGGCGGCGUCGGCGUUCGUGGGUCUCCACCCGAGAGCAUGGCGGCCGCGGAUGUGUCGGUGCGCGGAGGAAGAGGAGAUAUGAAAACGCGCACGAGGGACUGUCUGCUCUAAACCGCUCCGUUUUUUGGUCACUGUAAAGACAAUCACAUGUGUGACUUUUCUAUAUAUUUAUAUAUGUAGAUUAUAUAUAUAUUUGCAGCUACGAGAUUCCGGGUGCAGCUUUGUUAGCUUAGCCAGUACUGCAGCUAAUGUUCCUGUGCGCAGGAGCACCGGAGUCUCUCCCUCUCGGAUGAUUUAGGAGCGUGAGUUCAGCAAAUGAAAGAGCCCGAGCUGCCGAACGCGCUGACGGCGGGAAGAAGGUGCAGCAGCCGCGUUUGCGCUACUAGUCUAGGCCUGGGCAGGGUCGCGAUAAUGCGCCGCUGCUUCUCCGUUUCCUCGUUCGGGCUCCGCGCCUUUGUGCGCCGCUUGUUUACUUCGCCGAGCUAAAAGCAAGAAGGCGCCAGGAGCAGCAUGGGAGCCGCUCGGUCACUGGCCCUGUAGCGAAACCUCAGCUUUGCCUUUCACUACGUUGUUAAAUGACGAAUACCGGGUGCUAGGGCGCGUUUUUCUUUUUCACGUUUAGUUUUAUUUCUUCCAUUUUUCCCUUUUUUUUUGUUUAUACCGAGCUAUGCGCGAGUAUAAAGUGGUGGUGCUGGGCAGCGGCGGCGUGGGCAAGUCCGCCCUCACCGUGCAGUUUGUCACCGGCACGUUCAUCGAGAAGUACGACCCGACCAUCGAGGACUUCUACCGCAAGGAGAUCGAGGUGGACUCGUCACCCUCGGUGCUCGAGAUACUGGACACGGCCGGCACGGAGCAGUUCGCCUCAAUGCGCGACCUGUACAUCAAGAACGGCCAGGGCUUCAUCCUGGUGUACAGCCUGGUGAACCAGCAGAGCUUCCAGGACAUCAAGCCCAUGCGGGACCAAAUCAUCCGCGUGAAAAGGUAUGAGAAGGUGCCGGUGAUCCUGGUGGGCAAUAAGGUGGAUCUGGAGAGUGAGCGGGAGGUGUCUGUGAGCGAGGGUCAGGCUCUGGCUGAGGAAUGGGGCUGCCCCUUUAUCGAGACAUCAGCCAAGAGCAAGACCAUGGUGGAUGAACUGUUCGCCGAAAUCGUCCGACAGAUGGACUACGCAGCGCAGCCAGACAAAGACGAUCCCUGCUGCUCCUCCUGCAAUAUACAAUAACCCUCCAGCACGAGGGCCCACGCAAACACACACACACACACACACACACACACACUUUUCACACACUGCACAUACAUGCACAAACAUGCAGGCACAGUCAUGUACAUUUACAAAAUACACAUACAUUUCAAUAGAUGUUCUUUCUGGUGCAUCAGUUUUCUCAUAGUGUAAUUCAUUCUGGCGUAUCUAUAAAUAUGUCCGAAUGAGCAGUUUUUGUCACUUUACCUGACUGACUCACAGAGACGUGCACUGGCCUUAAGAGUGAGUGCCCUGUUUCCUAGUGGAAUAGGGGUUUACGCUUACUCCUUAGGUUUGUUAACACUAUUUAGCCAUUGUUUAUUAUUUUUAUUUUUUAAUUCAUAAAUUGUUUUCUUGUUAAUUCGACCCAUUUUGAUUGAAGGUGUGUUUUAAUCAUGUAACGUAGACAGAGCUCUUCUAGGCGAGGAAUCGACCUCCACAACCUCAACCAUUAAACUUUACUAAAAGAUUAAAUAGAGGUAGAAAAAGAUAGGAUGAUCACUCGCUUCAACACUACCAAAAAAUACAUUUGAAACAUUUGCUUUCCCCAUUUUUUUUUUGUUGUUCUGAAGGAUGGAAUUGUAGACGAUUCUGUAUUUUUGAAUGAAUUUUUUUUCCCUUAAACAUCA